AUGGCUAUAGCUAUAAAUAUCGAGGAACGAAGCGCGAUGCUUGGUAUACCGAAUCGUGGAAAUGAGAAUUUGGAUUUUUAUAUGGGUCCGAAACCCUCAAUAUUUUGCAAUGAACUAAAACGACGAAGUUUAAUCGAAUAUUCAACAACUGGCCGUAUUUUUAUCGAUGGUAAACCAACUGAUCCUCAAACAUGCGAAGAAUCAUGGAAUUUCUUAUUAAAAUCAACUAUUACGGGGGAUUUUACGAGAAGAUCGCUGGCGAAAAUUGGUUAA